AUGAGUUCACUUGCUAUAACCAAGUUCUUCCUCCUUUUCUUGGUCUCGUAUCCUUCGAUUUCUCUUACCUCUUCUUCCAGUGUACCUGAUGAGUAUACCUUUUCGGACCUGGAUCUGGACAAAUUCGUUUCCGAAAAACAAGUGUUCCAUCUAUUCCAAAUCUGGAAGAAGGAGACCGGACGAGAAUACCAAACUUUAGGAGAGGAGGCAGUAAGAUUUCAGAUCUUCAAAAGCAAUUUGAAAGAGAUCAGAGAGAAAAAUGCAGAAAGGAAGUCGCCCAGUGACUAUAGCUUGGGUUUGAACGAAUUCUCAGAUAUGACGUACGAAGAGUUCAGCAAAAUUUACUUGCAUCAGACAGAGGAACCCAUAAUGGAAAUCAACAAUAGGAAAAUGAUAUUGAACGACGCAUCAUGUCCAGAUGCACCCUCUUCCUGGGAUUGGAGGACCAAAGGAGCUGUAACUCGUGUUAAAAACCAAGGCUCGUGUGGAAGCUGUUGGGCAUUCUCUACUACUGGAGCCAUUGAAGGAAUAUAUAAACUUGCUACAGGUAAUCUUGUCAGCGUCUCUGAACAACAACUUUUGUCCUGUGAGCCAUAUAACUUAGGCUGCGAACAAGGAGGUUGGUACACUAGAGGAUUUGAAUAUGUCAUAAAAAAUGGAGGUAUUGCCUCAGAAGAAGAUUAUCCAUAUAUAGCUCAAAAUGGUAUCUGUGAUCACCAAAAGGAAAAAUUGAUAGCUGCUACCAUUGAUGGCUACGUAAAUAAGAAGUACAAAUCAGAACGUGCUCUAUUUUGUGCCGCUGCUCAGCAGCCAGUUAGUUUUUCUAUGUAUGUUUCUAAUGAUUUCAAGCAGUACAAGCAAGGAAUCUUUGAUGGUAGCAGCUGCAUCGACAUAGCACCAUGCACAACCAAUCAUGCUAUGUUGCUCGUGGGAUAUGGUUCGGAUUCUGAUUCCAAUGAAGAUUAUUGGAUUGUUAAGAACUCGUGGGGAACCUCAUGGGGACAAGAUGGCUACAUCUUCGUCAAAAGAAACACUAAUGUCACUGAGGGAGUAUGUAACUCAAAUUGCUAUGGUGCUUACCCAACCAAAAGUCUUGAGCUUCCACUAGCAUUUCACUACAGUUUUGAAAAAACUUGCGUCCUCCACUAUUGUCAUGGAUCUGGUCUGUCUUACUACUGCUGCAAAGAAAUAGCAUAUUUCUGGCGCAUAAAUAGCUUUUUGUUAUUACUAGAUCUAAAACAUGCAGUUUUGAUUGGAUAA